UUGAGUUUGGUGUUUGCAGGAUAAGUGAAAGUGUUGUAGUUCAUCAUGCUAGUGUCAGUGACUACGUUAAAUGAUCAGAUAUUCACGCUUGAGGUGUCUGAUGAACUUGAAUUAGAGAAUUUCAAAGCGAUGUGUGAAUAUGAAGUCGGCAUACCAGCGAGAGAAAUUGUCGUCAUGUGGAAUGGCCGGCCUCUUCACGAUGACAAACGGACAAUGAAAGGAUACGGGAUUAAAGACGGAGAUAUGCUACUGUUACAACAUAUCCGAGGGCAGCAAGGGCAACAACAGUUCUCAGAUUCAUCCUCGUCAGGUGUUCCAAACAUUGACUUUGGCCAAAUCCAGGUACCAGGUAUGAUGGGAGCCACAUCUUCUAGUCAACAACCACAACAACAACAACAGCAGGCAGUAUUUCCCGAGGAUGACCCUGCAGCUGUGAGGAAACUACUGCUGGCAAACCCUCAUGAACUGUCUCUACUUAAGGAGAGAAAUCCUCCCCUAGCUGAGGCUCUCCUUAGUGGUGACCCUGAAAAAUUCAACAAAAUAUAUUUAGCUCAAAGAAAGGAACGAAAAGAAAAGGAACGUGAAAAGAUAAAAUUAAUGAAUGCAGACCCAUUUGAUCCAAAAGCACAGGAAGUGAUUGCAGAAGAAAUUAGAAUGAAAAAUGUUGAAUCCAACAUGGAGAAUGCAAUAGAGUUUGCUCCAGAGAGUUUUGGACAGGUGCUCAUGUUAUAUAUAGACUGUAAAGUGAACGGCCAUGCUGUCAAGGCCUUUGUUGACUCAGGUGCCCAGAUGACAAUUAUGAGUCAGGCAUGUGCAGAGAGGUGUAACAUCAUGCGACUUGUUGAUCCUCGCUGGGCAGGUAUAGCUAAGGGAGUGGGAACUCAGAAAAUCAUUGGCAGGGUUCACUUAGGUCAGAUCCAGAUAGAAAAUGACUUCCUUCAAUCAUCAUUCUCAAUAUUGGAGAACCAGCCAAUGGAAAUGUUACUUGGGCUUGACAUGUUGAAGCGCCAUCAGUGUUGUAUCGACCUUAAAAGAAAUAAAUUAGUGAUAGGUACAACAGGAACAGAGACUACUUUCCUAACAGAGUCGGAACUUCCUGAACAGUCUCGUCUUAACUACAAUCAGCCUCCAUCACCAAAGUCUGUUUCUCUAGAGGAUCAACAGUUGGCUGAGGCCCUUGCACGCUCCCAGAACGAAGCAGGAGCAGGAGCCUCAUCAUCAUCUAGCUCCUCCCACUCGCGCUCAUUUCCUGAACCUGUCAUAAAAGAACUAAUGAGUAACGGUUUCUCACGCGAACGUGUCAUAGAGGAACUUUCUAUCGCCAAGGGCAACAAGGAAGCUGCUCUUCUUGCAUUGAUUGCAAAGGCCUUCAAAGUGCCCUAGUUAGAGUCUGUGGAUGGUUGUCAUGGCAAUGCGUGCAUGGUUGACAUAUGGGACAUUAGAGAGUGCAAAUGGCCAUUGUGUGGUGCAAAAACCAACAAGGAAACCUGUAUCAUACUGCAACAUUAAGAAGAAAUUUAAUCUAUGCACAAGAAAUGAGGAAUGGAACAAGUGGAGGAUACAGUUUUGUGGGGUUAACUUUGACAGUCUGUAAAGCACUUCAGGGGAUUUAAUCUUAAUGUAUUCAUGACAGUCUGUAAAGCACUAACUUUAUUAAACGAGUACCUAUGUGUGGGAAAUAUGGUUUUUUAAUUGAAUAACAUACAAAUCACAAUCUUGAGUAUGAUAUUUAAUUCAUAGAAAAUGUUACAAAGCACCUUUUACUGGGGUAGAUAUUUAUUGUAUUUAUUUUUAUGCAAUUAUCUGGAAUCUGGAGUUUCUCAGUAGGCAGUCAGAAUUAGAAAUAAGUUAUUCAGUUAUGAAAACAAAAACCUCCAUAAUUUAUAAGUCUUUAAAAUCUUAUUAAACUCUGUAAAGCACUUCAGGGGAUUUAAUCUUAAUGUAUUCAUUGCCUGAGAAGAAUAGCCUAAAAUACAGACUUAAAUUAACCAAAGGAUAAGUCUGUUUCUCAAUUUGGUCUAAGUCCAGAGUAAACGACCAUUCACCUGGUGAAAUUUCAGCAUGAUACAGUGUUUGAGAGCAUUUUGUUUUGUGCAGUUAAAGUCUUAUUUUUCAAAAGUGUAAACACAAUAGUUGGCCCUAUCUGGUAUGUAAACAAAGAUGGGCCUGCCACCUGCCAAAUUUUAGAUUUAUAUUUAAGUGAUGGUCGGAUAUUAAAAAUCUGGUUAUACAUGUAAAAAAAUGAAUACUUAUUGGUUAUAAAUUAUGGAAUGUCCAUCUAAGUAUAUGUAUUCAAAAUAUAAUCUAAAGCCUAAGUGAGCAAAUUCUGGAUUAUGUAAAUUUUAAACAAAGAAUGAAUAUAAAUCAUACUAGUGUGUUAGUUAUCUGUACUGAACUGGCCUUCCUUUGUGCCAAACAAAUAUUUUUACUUUCUCAGGAGAUGUGUUAAUGCCAAGUGAAUAUACUUAUAUAUCCCUUUUAUGCCUGAUAGGUUGUCAGUUGGUUACAAAGUUAGAAAUUGUUUUCUGGUAUUGAAGAAAUAGAAGUUACCAUAUACCUUCUAAAUGUCCCUUGAUACUGGAGGCCAUUCGCGAUAAUUGAUAUACUCACUUACAUUCGCUCCACUUGAGAAAAAAACUAUCCGAUGUACCAAGAUACUAGAUUUUUGUUAGCAUUUAAGAAAUUUUGCUAUAUUGUUCUAUUUCCCCAGUACUUUCAUUAUGUCAAAAGUGGUACACAGAUAGUAUAUAAUUAUAAAACAUUGUUCCAUUCACCAAAAAAUUAGACUCUUGUUUUUGGAAUUGAAUACAUAUCUAACCUGUUACUAAGACUCUCUAAUUAAUGUUGUUCAUCUUGUUGUUUUCAAUAUGGGUUUACGAGGUUUGAAAAAUAUUUUGUGGUAAUUUAAAGACCUAAAUGACCCCAAGUUUACAGGUUUGUUGAAAAUUUAUACUUAUAAUCAGUUUUACAGAGUUUUAGUGCAAUUAACCUCUUCCUGCUACAGUGUCACAUUGCACUGUGACUAUCUUAUGUUUAUUGUAUUUUAUCAUAACAGUGCAUGAUAAUAGGAUCUUGUGAAAUAAAUUCAUGUUUUCCCCAAACCAAGAGUAAGUUGUUAUACUGACAAAAAAACUUAAGAAAACAAGUUGAAUAAGGUCAAUCUGAUCCUAUGAAAUAUUAAAGAAAGGUUCAGUAGCAUAUUUAUUUUUUCUUUAUUCUGAAAAAUGAGAGACUUUAUUAAACGAGUACCUAUGUGUGGGAAAUAUGGUUUUUUAAUUGAAUAACAUACAAAUCACAAUCUUGAGUAUGAUAUUUAAUUCAUAGAAAAUGUUACAAAGCACCUUGUACUGGGGUAGAUAUUUAUUGUGUUUCCUUUUAUGCAAUUAUCUGGAAUCUGGAGUUUCUCAGUAGGCAGUCAGAUUUAGAAAUAAGUUAUUUAGUUAUGAAAACAAAAACCUCCAUAAUUUAAAGUCUUUAAAAUCUUAUUAAACUCAGGUUUGAUAUGCGUUACCAACCAUUCCUCAUGCGGGAACAUUUCAUUUUUUGUUCAUUGAUGCUAUGAAGGUACAUUUUCCAUGUAUUUAAAUGUCAUCUUCCUAUAUUACUCAAUGUCACCAAGGUCAAAUAAAACCACUGUUAACCUAAAAUGACAGCAUGAUAUUCUUGAAAUGUAGAACCUUUGACAUGGCCUGUUUUUUGAUGCAAUGGAGUUAAAUGUCUACCAGCAAGAUAAUAAAUGAGAAGAAUUUA